GAUUCUGCUGGGCUCUGGGGAGGGGAAGGAUGGAGCAAAAGAUCGAAGAUAAAGGAGCAUGGAUUCUUCUGAUUCUGCAUCUUCCUGUUAUUUUUUUUUUCCUAUUCGAGCUGUGUUGAAUUUGGGAAUUCUGUGAUUGAGAGCCCCUUGCUUUCUUGUUCUGCAUAGUGUUGUUUUUUUGAGCGGUGGGAUCCUGCGACGUCUUCCUGCUGGUUUAUUCUUGAUACGACACUGUUGGAAGUUGGGGGACACAGUCUAGUGGAUUCCCUUUGCUGCCACUACCAUCAUGAUGUUGACAGAAAAAGACAUGGAUAUUGAAAAGGGUCCUCACGCAUCCGAUACAACCGUCGAUGACAGCGCCGAUGGAGCCGUUCCAGGCCAGAGCUUCGAGUACGGCGGCUCGAUAUAUGCGAAGAUUCAGCGACUGGCGGGAAAGUUGAACAUCGAGCAGCGAGGGAUCGAGCGUGUCCCGGCGGAGGAACAAAUAGAUACCUCGUAUUUCAAUAUUGGGAGCAUGUGGCUCGCAGCCAACAUGGUGGUUAGUUCAUUCGCAAUCGGCGUGCUGGGAAAGUCGCUGUUUGGACUCCAAUUUGUGGAUGCCAUUCUUGUGGAUAUAUUCUUCAAUCUUCUGGGCAUCAUGACCGUCUGCUUCUUUUCGUGCUUCGGUCCAGCGUUUGGGCUGCGACAGAUGGUGCUGUCGAGGUUCUGGUUUGGGUGGUGGCCAACGAAAUUCAUCGCCAUCCUAAACGUUCUCGCCUGCAUCGGCUGGUCCGCAGCCAACGCCAUCGUCGGAGCCCAGCUCCUCCACGCAGUCAACAACGACGUUCCCGGAUUCGCAGGAAUCCUCAUCAUCGGCCUAUGCACGCUGUGUAUCACAUUUGCCGGUUACAAGGUGGUCCACAUGUACGAGUACUGGAGCUGGAUCCCGACGUGCAUCGUCUUCAUCAUCAUUCUUGGCACUUUCGCCCACUCGGGCGACUUCAGGAACGUCCCCAUGGGCGUGGGUAUGUCCGAGCUGGGCGGUGUCCUAUCCUUCGGGUCAACCGUGUACGGCUUCGCUACUGGCUGGACCAGCUACGCAGCCGACUACACGGUAUAUCAGCCGGCUGACCGGAGCCGGCGCAAGAUCUUCCUCUCGGCCUGGCUAGGCCUGAUCAUCCCGCUGCUCUUCACGCAGAUGCUCGGCAUCGCCAUCAUGUCAGCCACCACCAUCGACGACGGUCACAACAAGUACCAGGCCGGAUACGACGCCUCCGGUAACGGCGGCCUACUUGCCGCCGUGCUCGAACCCCUAGGCGGCUUCGGCAAAUUCUGCCUCGUGAUUCUAGCGCUUUCCAUAAUCGCCAACAACUGCCCCAACAUCUACUCCGUCGGGCUGACCCUGCAAGUAAUGAGCCGCUACUCGCAGCGUGUGCCGCGCUUCGUCUGGGUCUUCCUAGGCUCAUGCGCCUCCAUCGCCAUCGGCGUCCCCGGCUACGACCACUUCGAAGCCAUCCUCGAGAACUUCAUGAACAUCAUCGCCUACUGGCUGUCCAUAUACUCUGCGAUCUCCCUGUGCGAUCACUUCUUCUUCAAGCGCGGCUUUGCCGGAUAUCGCCCUGAGCACUAUGACCAACCCGAUAAGCUCCCCCUGGGUAUUGCUGCGGCCGUUGCCUUUGCUUGCGGUGUCGUGGGCGUGGUCCUCGGUAUGAGUCAGUCGUGGUGGGUCGGGCCGGUUGCCUUGCACGCGGGCCUAGCUCCCAUAGGAGGUGACGUGGGUUUUGAGCUGGGAUUUUCUUUCGCGUUUGUCUCGUAUCUAGUGCUAAGGCGGAUUGAGUUCAGGGUUAUUGGUCGGUAGAGGGUAUUCGUGUUAUCUCGAUCGUCUUUUUGUUUUGGUUUCAACGGUCACCCUGGGAGGUAUAUGUCGUU